AUGGCCGAAAACGGUCCGGAAUACAUCCAAGCCGAGCUUGAGAAUUUCGGCGUCGAAAUGAACUUGAGCCUCGCGGAAAAAUUACACGAAUUAUCAGUUGCCUACGGAGUAUCGGAUGACGACAUAGUGUCUGAGUGGUUCACCUUUUCACAAACACUAACUGAUCCCAUUCCAACCCUGGACAAGAUUCUCGCCAUGGAAAAGAGUGUCUUGGUGAAGAGGAAUACUAUUUCUACGCCCUUGAUUCCGCCGAAGCACACUCCAACGCCGACCCGUCAAUCGGAAGUUCGUCGAAUGGAUGUCGACGUUGAUAUUCUUGCAGCGAUUUACAAUGAUGGUGAAGCUCCUCAUGUGACCCCGAAAAUUGUGCGUCAGGAUAAAUCCUUGCGUGGGGCAAAAACGCCGUCUGUUUUAUUUACCCCGAACAACUCAUCUCCGGGAGCAUGCACCCCCUCUGAGAAGUACGUGAAUCGGUUAGGUAAAGGACAAGUCAUGGAAGUGGUGAAGUUUGGGGAAGCCUUUGCUCCCAGCUCUUGGAAAAAUUCAGCCCGUUCAGAAAUAAACGCCAGUGUUCGCCUACUCAAUGAAGAACUCGCUCUCACGGAAACCUACGCCUACAUGUGCGAUCGUUUGGACAUCCAGCGUCAAGUGCUGUUCACUGCAGCUGAAGAACUCGGGAAAAUCAUGCUUGAAGACCUGACGGCUGGAAACCCUGUUCCUUGCAUUUUAGAGUCUGCUCAGGAAUAUUACUGCGUCGGUCGCAUUUUCUGCGAUUCUCGUGGAAAGCUCAACAAUGCAUCUGUAUUUUUGGAGAACUGUUCGUCGGAUGCCGUUGGAAGCAUCGCGACUCUGGACCUAAGUCACCUUGCGGACAAACAAUACUCGUUUUUUUUUUCUGCGAUUCUCCUCAACAAUGCAUCUGUAUUUUUGGAGAACUGUUCGUCGGAUGCCGUUGGAAGCAUCGCGACUCUGGACCUAAGUCACCUUGCGGACAAACAAUACUCGUUUUUUCCCGGGCAAAUCGUCGUCGUCAAAGGAAGCAAUCCCACGGGGAAGAAGAUUAUCGUGUCUGAGUUGCACACUGGGUCAGUACCUGAGGCCUGCGACUUGAAUCUGGAUUUCCGAGGAACUCUGCGGGUUGCUGUUUGUUCAGGACCGUAUUCCGCAGCUUCCAACAUGCUUUACGAGCCGUUCAAGGACUUGAUUGCGGAGUUGAAGCAGUUGAAACCGCAUGUUGUGAUUCUAUGCGGGCCUUUUGUGGACGCGAAUAACGUGUGUGUGUCAGAAGAUGGCUUAUCUGUAGAAUAUUCCACGAUUUUUAAUGAAACUAUUGCGGAACUGUGUGAACUGGGGUGUCAAGUUGCUGUGAUUGCUUCGGCCAACGACGUUCAUCACGAUGCGGUUUAUCCCACUCCUCCUUACACGACUAGUUUGAAAGUGCCAGAGAAUGUCAAAUUUUUCAGCGAUCCGUGUUUGCUGCGGAUUAACGGAUUAGUGGUUGGUUGUACUGCCACUGAUAUUCUAUUCCAUCUCGGGAAGGAAGAAUUGAACGUAGGAGGAGCAAAGUUGCGGAUUAACGGAUUAGUGGUUGGUUGUACUGCCACUGAUAUUCUAUUCCAUCUCGGGAAGGAAGAAUUGAACGUAGGAGGAGGUGAUCGGUUCCAUAGACUCGGCGAAUAUAUUUUGAAGCAAAGGAGUUUUUAUCCGCUUUAUCCUCCCGCCGUGGGUGUGAAUCUGGAUUUGUCGCAUUACGAAGGACACGUGGAUUUGCCUGUGAAACCGAAUUUACUGAUCGCCCCGUCCACGUUUUCUCCAUUCGUGAAAAAUGUCCGAGGGUGUGUUGUGAUCAACCCUGGGUUUCUUUGUAAGGGGGGUUCUGGUGGGACAUUUGCCGUGAUUGAAGUGAACAGUGACUUUCGCCCGAGUGAAGAGAAGGAUCCUGAAGGGAUCAGUGUGCGAGUUAAUGUCAAAUUUUUCAGCGAUCCGUGUUUGCUGCGGAUUAACGGAUUAGUGGUUGGUUGUACUGCCACUGAUAUUCUAUUCCAUCUCGGGAAGGAAGAAUUGAACGUAGGAGGAGGUGAUCGGUUCCAUAGACUCGGCGAAUAUAUUUUGAAGCAAAGGAGUUUUUAUCCGCUUUAUCCUCCCGCCGUGGGUGUGAAUCUGGAUUUGUCGCAUUACGAAGGACACGUGGAUUUGCCUGUGAAACCGAAUUUACUGAUCGCCCCGUCCACGUUUUCUCCAUUCGUGAAAAAUGUCCGAGGGUGUGUUGUGAUCAACCCUGGGUUUCUUUGUAAGGGGGGUUCUGGUGGGACAUUUGCCGUGAUUGAAGUGAACAGUGACUUUCGCCCGAGUGAAGAGAAGGAUCCUGAAGGGAUCAGUGUGCGAGUUGUAAGAAUUUAA